GCUCCACUUCAGAAGUUCUGCAAUAUGUGUGUGUGUCCUUUUAAGGGCCUCGACUAGACGAGAAUCAACAAGCAUAACAGAGAGCAGCAUCGGACAUGAGGCAUUUACUGGGACUUCCACAGCUGGCUUCACGAGCCUUCAGCACAACAGUCCGGCAAAUGAAGAACAGGGUGCCGGAGAAACAGAAAAUUUUCCUGGAGGAUAAUGGUCUGCCUGUCCACAAAGGAGGCGCCACCGAUGCAAUUCUGUACCGUCUGACCAUGACCCUCACAGUAGUAGGUACUGGCUACUCCCUUUACUGGUUGAUCGCUGCUAUGCCCAAAAGAAAAGCAUAAUUCUUCUCAUGUUCCGUGAUUCUGUAUAAAAUCCAUUUUAUUUCAAAACCCUUCAACAAUAAACAUAGAUGUAAUUAAGUUCUA